AAAAAACAAACAAAACAUUUGAACAGUUUUUCGGAAGAGGUAGCAACCAUGCUCAACCAUACUUAUUUGAACAGUGUAUCCCCAUCCUUCUAAAUGAAUCCAGCGUCACUUACAGCCAUAAUAGUAACCGGUAAUAUUAUGUAGAAUGGAUAAGCAAGUCAAUACAAAGAGAUGUUAGUAGCUAGGAAUAGUCAUAGAGAUGGAGAGGAAGAGAUUUCAAACGUAAAAUUUGUUUGGGGACCCACAAAAAAUCACCUGGGACCUUUCUGUGGGUCCCAACCCAAUCUUUGGGAAACAACUGGGGAAUUGGGAAUCAAUCAAUCAAUCAAGACCGGAAAACAUUUCCAGAAGGACAGUGGUUUGACCUUUGCAGCGAUAAACUGUGGUUUAUGGUCGACUUGUGUUUGGCUGGCGUCGUCCGCGGGAUUCCAAACAUACACAUGAAGGUCCAGCUGGCCUGAGUAACACACGCACUUUCUCAUGUGAUGAGAAACGGAGAGAAAUAAAAAUGCCUCGCGACAAAUCGUUGACCGCCGACCCGUUCAACGCGCAGCAGUUUAAAUUGUCUUGAAAGCUGGUCAACAGAACCAUGGGUCUCCCUUUCUAACCCUCGGGGGAAGUAGUAUUAUUAGCAUCUCUUGUAGCAUAUUUCCAUCAUUUGUUUUCACCUGAAUAAUUACUCCCUCUGGUGAGUGAUUCCCUUGCUUAUCAUCCAUUGACUCAUAUGUCAUUAUGCCUUUGUCUCUGAGGACAAACAAACACAAACAUACACACUGUUUUCUCUGCCUGCCUUUCAUUCUCUUGCAAAUAGGCACAGAAAAAAAAACCCAAUUGGGAUCUCUGGUCUCCUAGCAACUAGAAUACAUUCCCCACACGCUGGAUGUUUAUAGACAAGAUAAUCUAUAGGUUUGAAUUUAUUGAGCUACCUUUUUAUAAAUGCAUGUGGUCAUUACUCUUAUUUUAAGGAACUUACUGCGGACUGGAAUAUCUUAAUCAUACGCUGACCGACAGUAGAGAGUAAUUCAGAUUUAGAGCUAUUUAAAGCUUUACAAAUUCCCCACUGUUGCACAUGUAACGUCAGAUGCCAGUGGUUUUUGAAAAGUAGUGUCCUCACAAUAUGAGUCAGAGGAAGCGAAACAAGCAGUGUGUCAUUGCUGAGUCCCACAGAAAGUUAUGGAAAGUAGUCUGUGCUGUAAGAAUAUAGGAAGUUGGGUGAUUAGCUCAAGCUCUGCCCCCAUGACACAAAACAGGAUUGGCAGUAUAGAUAAUGGAUGGACAGCGAGUAUAACCGCUGUUUGUUAAUUGGUGCGAGCCCAGCUGAAUCUGCCAGCUGUUUAAUUUUGCUCUGCACACACGUUUGGCCAACUCCCAUGUCAGGUUGUCUCUCUGACACAUCUGUACGGAUCCAAGCCCAUCACCUCCAAAACUGAACUGAACGAUACAUCACAACAUCUGCAUUAAUAUCCACUCCCGAUCUCUGGCUCCUCCAUGACAUCCAAGAAACUUGGGUGUCAUGAUUGACGACCCGUUGAAUCUAGUCUACAGAUCAUGUCGCCUCUGUCGCCUCGGUCAUGUCGCUCUGCACUAUUCAAUAUAAGAAAAAUCAGGCCGUACCUAACCUAACAGACUACCCAGCUCAAUUAAUAAUAAUUGAAUAAUCGUUGGAGCCCCACGUCCAACAUGGUGGCCGCCGGAGAGCAGCUUCAGUUAAAUUACUUAAAAUAAGUUUAAAGAUCAACCGAUUCAUCGGUCUUCGUCGAAUUGAAUUGAUGCCAAGUUUUGGCUGAUGAGAUACUUGAGUUGGCCGGUGAGUGUCUCUUAAUUUAUGAUGUCAGACUGGAUUAAAUAACGUGGUUUGCACAAGUUCACAGAACACCAUGACUUCACACACCUAUCCCCAGCAGAAUCCCCGCACAUGGCCCAAAGUGUGAAGUCAUGGUAACAGCACCAGCCCUCCCAGCCUCAGUCUACCGCCGCACUGGUCGAUGUUACUCCCGUGGGUUCUCUUUGUCAGUGACACAACAGCAGAGAUCCUGGAGCCUGCGGGGCUUUCUGCACUGUGAACUCGGCCAGUGUGAAUGAGUGUAUUUGUGAAAGUGUAGAUACAGGAGAGCCCAGCACUAGCAUUCCUGCAGCUGCGUCCAUGGAGACGUUAAAGAGUGAUGGAUCUCAGCCUGCCUUCAGUCGCUGGUCGUACAGACCCUCCAGUUCUGCCAGCUUCUCGUCCAACUCCACUGCAAGUGGCCUUGAGAACGACAGCGUCAGCCUCAUGCAGCAGAAGCUGGAGAAACAGAGGGCGCUGCUGGAGCAGAAGCAACGCAGGAAGAGGCAAGAACCGCUCAUGGUCCAGCCCAACACGGAGGCGUGGCCGCGGCGCUCCCGGACACGGCGCGGCGAGGAGCAGGCGCCGCUGGUGGAGUCGCAAGUCAGCGCCACAAACGAUGUCAUCAUGGACGGCAUUGACGGCCCGGCAGCCUUCAUGAGCUCAGAAGCCCCCGAUCAGCGAACGAAAGUCCAAAUCCUCUCGGUGAGCCAGUCCCAGUCUCUGUCACAAUCUGAGUCUCAGUCCCAGCUUCAGUCCCAGCUUCAGUCCCAGCCUCAGUCCCCUGCUUCAGAGGAGCCGGAGCGAGACAAAGACACCGAGAUGCUGCUCGAGCCCAAGACAGACAUCCACGAGUUACUGCAGAAACAAGGUUUGUCCUGUAGUAUGAACUUCGACGAGUCUAGCGAGCACGAGGACGACGUGGACGAGGAGCAGACGCGCUCCCUGUCUCCUCACGCGGACUCCACCCGGCCGGCGUCUGCGGCCAGCGGCAAAGACGCCUCAGAGGUCGCGACCCCAGGGUCGCCCACAGCGGACGGCGCGCUGAUCGACGUGGCCGACCUAGAGGAGUUUGUCCUGCGUCCGGCGCCACGCGGCGUCACGGUCAAGUGCCGGAUCACCCGGGACAAGAAGGGCAUGGACCGCGGCCUCUACCCCACCUACUUCAUGCACAUGGAGAGAGAGGACGGCAAGAAGGUGUUUCUGUUGGCGGGCAGGAAGAGGAAGAAGAGUAAGACGUCCAACUACCUUAUUUCAGUGGACGCCACUGACCUGUCUCGAGAGGGAGAGAGCUUCAUUGGAAAACUGAGGUCAAACCUCAUGGGCACUAAGUUCACGGUGUAUGACAACGGCACCAAUCCCUGCAAAACCCCCGGGACUCUGCUGGAGGAGAGCAACACGCGGCAGGAAGUGGCCGCCGUGUGCUACGAAACCAACGUACUGGGAUUCAAAGGACCACGUAAGAUGACCGUUAUCAUCCCGGGCAUGAACAUGAACUUUGAGAGAGUUCCCGUGAGACCUCAGAGUGACCAGGAGAGUCUCCUCAGCCGGUGGCAGAGUCACUCGCUGGACAACCUGAUCGAGCUGCACAACAAAGCGCCGGUGUGGAACGACGACACGCAGUCGUACGUGCUCAACUUCCACGGCCGCGUCACGCAGGCGUCGGUCAAAAACUUUCAAAUCGUUCACGACAACGACCCCGACUACAUCGUCAUGCAGUUCGGCAGAGUGGCCGAAGACAUCUUCACCCUGGACUACAACUACCCCAUGUGUGCCCUCCAAGCCUUUGCCAUCGGCCUGUCGAGCUUUGACAGCAAGUUGGCCUGCGAGUGAACCUCCUCACGCCGUCGCCGUCUCCGUCGUACAAAUCUGAGCAGAGAAGUCGAGGAAACUGAAGCGACAUGAAUGAGACGUCACAUAAACGUCUCAUUGACGCUCGUGGUUCCAGUUACUGUUUCAAUGUCACUUCUUGGCCUGUUGUUUACUGUAUAAAUAUAUAAAUGUGUGUAUAUAGCAGUGAAAAGGGAAAAACGCGAGUGAGUCAUUCACGACCCUUUCGCAGUUUUCUUUGUCGUUGCUUCUGUUGCCUUUCAGUCUGUGUUUGUGAAGCAUUUCAAACGAUUACACAAUCAGGCUUCUCCUGUGGCGCCAUCUGCUGGUCAAACUGCAGACUUUGAGUUUCACUUCAUCCGUCGUGCAUUUUCACCCCUGGUCAGAAAAUUAGAAUUGUGGGGGACUUUCACCGUCGUCAGCCAUAAUUUAAUCUGACUAAAACAUUACUAUCAUGUUUUUUAUUGUUGUUGUUAUUCCUGAGUGGAAGGUGCAUUCUUCAUGUGUUGUUGUGUUUUUUUUUUAUCUUGUCACUGUGAUUUUCCUUUCUCCUGAAAAUAUGUUGUAUUAUCAUUUAAGCGCAGAAUUGCACAUUUUAAGAGUACAGAUAUACACGCUGUACAUAAAAGACAACGUCGCAACUUCUUUCUUUUUUUUGGGUUUUAUCGUUGCCGUGCUUAGACGAAUAAAUAAAAUGGUGGACGCCAUUUAAAUACAGAAAAACAGAGCUUGUGUAUCCAAGUCAUACGAGAUUUUCUAUCGUGUCGAUUGUGCACUGCCCGUCUCUUCCUUUUCGAGUUGUAAGGGAAAUUAAAGGAGUUCAGUAAGGGAUUAGAUUAGAUUAUGUCGUUUUAAAGGCUUCAUGUCAUUGUUUAAGGAUGCAUGAAAAUAUGACACUCAAGUUGUUUUGAUUUGCUUUCCCGCGAACUCACUUUUCAGGGAUACGUAGGCAAUUUAAAAAAAUAUGACGUGGUUUUAAAACACAGAAAUCACGUUCUGUCAUUUUGUAUUUAAAAAAGAAAUAAAUUGUGAUACAAGAAAAGAGAGAAUAAAGUAUUUUGAAAUACUUUUUAUUGUAAAGAGACUUCAGUGAAACACGUUCCACCACACGCGGCACAGUCAGGUGGAACGAUCACACUAAAUGCUCAUGAGAGGAUGAAUGUACCCGGUGAACACUUUAUUUUUCUUAAACAGGACAUUCUUGUACGUCAACUCAAUCCAGAACGGAAAAAUAUCCAAGUUUCGAGAACCAAAAUAAAAAAUCAUUUUGAAAAAAAA